AGUAUAAAACUUAUCCAUAAAUAUCAAAUAUAUGUAAUCGUAAUCAAUAAUAAAUAAAAACGAUUAAAAAUUUAUAAGUAAUCGAUUACAUAAUUUUACUAAAACUUUAUUUUUAAAUUUUUAAAUUAUGCGCAAUAAUUAUCACUAGUUAAAUUUAUCGGAUAUAUUUUUAUACUCUACGAUAUUUUAUUUUAUAUAAUAUAUAAUUUAUAUUAUUGUUAAUUAUUUAAUUAUUAAAAUGGUUGGUCAAGAGUUACGUGUUUUAUCAAUUCAAAGUCAUGUUGUAUCGGGAUAUGUUGGUAAUAAAAGUGCGACAUUUCCGUUGCAGCUCCUGGGAUUCGAAGUUGAUGCCAUAAAUUCUGUGCAGUUAUCAAAUCAUACUGGUUACAAAGUCACUAAAGGAGAUAUUCUUAAUGAUAAGAAUUUGAGUCAGUUAGUUGACGGAUUAGUCGCAAAUGAUUUACAUCACUACAGUCAUUUACUUACUGGAUACGUUGGAUCAGCUUCAUUCCUUGAGCAUAUUGCACAAUUAAUUCCGGUACUAAAAACAAAAAACCCAAAUCUUAUUUACUUAUGUGAUCCAGUUCUAGGAGAUGAUGGAAAGUUAUAUGUACCUGAAGAAUUGAUAGAAAUUUAUAAAAAAAAAAUUGUUCCUCUAGCUGACAUUAUAACGCCAAAUCAAUUUGAAUUGGAAUUGUUAACGGAUAAAAAAAUAACGACAAUAGAUGAUGUUAAAAUUGCUAUGAAAUAUUUAUAUGAACAAGGACCAAAGACAGUUGUCGUAUCAUCAAUAGAUAUCAAUGAUGAUUUGACAGCCAUUGCUGGAAAUUCUAAAGAUGAAAAAAUGAUUAAAAUUGACAUUCCUAAAAUUCCAUUAAGUUAUGUUGGCUCGGGUGAUCUUUUUGCUGCAUUAUUUCUUGCUCAUUCAACUUUGCAAAGUAAUUUAAAAGAAGCUUUGGAAAAAACGAUCAAUACAUUGCAUGCUGUACUGUUAAAGACAAUGGAAAAUGUAUCAGUUUAUCAAAAUAAAAAUGCACAAGAAGCGAGAAAAAAAGAAUUACGCUUAAUUCAAAGUAAACAUAUUAUUGAAAAUCCUCCAAUGAAAUUAAAAGCUGAUUUAUUAUAAUGAAUAAUUAAAUUAAAUUAUACAUAAAAUUAUAUUAGAGUGCAAUUGAGUAUUGAAAGAUGGAUAUUGAGUACAAGUUAUAUAUAAAUUUAUUUUGCUGUUAAUAUGCCGUAGUUCAUGAACCUGAUAAGUAUAUAUUAGGGUGAUAAAAUUAAAUUUUCUCAGACGCCACAUAAAAAAUUCUUUUUAGUGAAAAAAUAAGUGGGGAAUUUGAUUUUUUCUUUUUAAGUAAAAAGAACACGAGCUUGAGGACGAUUAAAGUUCAUUUUUUGAUACAGUUGAGGUUUUUUUUAAAGAUCUUAUGAAAUAUGCAGAUUAGCGGAAAAAAUCAUAGCAACAAUUUGGUUGGAAAUUGAAUUCUUGACAAAAAAGGUCAUGUUCAUUUUUUUUAUAAAAUGUGUAUUUACGAAGAUAUUUUGAAAAAACUUUUUUUAGAUUCUAUGAAUUGAGCAUAUUUUAAGAAUUACAAAUGUUGAAAAUAACAUUUUUCUGAGUAUGUAGAAACUAUAUCAAGCAUCAAUGAUUGAUAUGUUACGAGUUACGAAGUUGUCUAUAUUUAAGAAGAAACGUUAUUUUUCAUAUUCGUAAUCCUUUAAAUGCUCAAUUUAUAAGAUCUAAAAAAGUUUUUUAACUUCCCGCUAAGAAAAUUGGAAAUUUUCAAAAAUUCGGAAAGUUAUUGGUUUCGGUUUAAUUUUCGAAAAUCGAAUUUCUGAUAGAUCAUGACGUUUUGAGGUUUUAGGAAACUAUUCAGACUAAUUUCAAGAUGAUGCCCGAGUGUAUGUGUGUAUGUACGUAUGUAAAUAUCUGCAACUUUUGAACAGAUGAACCGAUUUUGCUCGUUAAGGUGGCAUUCGACGCGGCUUGUCAAUAUUUUAAAGCUGUAAAAAAUUGAGCCUAAUCGGUAGGGCGCGUUCUGAGAUAUUCCAAAAAUAAAAUUUUUUCAAAAAUUUUUUUUUUGGAUAACUUGUAAUGUGCUCGAGGGAUUGACUCUAAAAUCUCAUCAGCUUUAAAACUUUAUAAGCCGCGUCGAAUGCCACAUCAACCAUCAAAAAUCGAUUCAUUCGUUCAAGAGAAACCGUUGUCGAAAAAAUUAAAAAAAAAUUUUUUUUUUAUUUUUUUCGAAAUAUCUCAAAAACGACUUGAUAAAUCGAAUUCUAAAAUCUAAUUAGCUUUAGAACUCAAUGAAACACGUCGAUUGCCACCUCAACCGUCUCAAUGGAUCAAUUCGUUUGAAAGAUAUCGUUGGAGAAAAAAUGGCAAAAAACUUUUUUUUUUUCGAAAACAACGGCAUACAAAAGUAUUCACAACAAUUUUUUCGAGCUAUAGAUCGAUAGAUCGAUUUUUUAAAAUAUCUUUAUAAAUACACAUUUUAUAAAAAAAAAUGAACAUGACCUUUUUUAUCAAGAAUUUAAUUUCCUACAAAAUUGUUCCUACGAUUUUUUCCUUUAAUCUGCAUAUUUCAUGAGAUAUUUAAAAAAAACCUCAACUGUAUCGAAAAAUGAACUUUGAUAGUCCCUUCACUAAAAAGAAGCUUUUUGUGGGGCGUCUGAGAAAAUUUAAUAUUGAACGACCACCCUAAUAUAUACAUUGUAACGAAAGUGAAACUGAUCUUUUUAAAUAUUUGAAUAUCUAGAAAACGAAUGCCUUCUUCUCUUGUUUUAUAGAAACCCGACUAGACCCAAGUAGCACAGAGACAACUUUAAGAUGUCUUUUAAAAGAAUAAGACAAAUUGUUUUUUGUCUCAAAGUCACCUUUUUUGGUAUAAAUAAGACAUGCAAAUGUUGGCUCCGGAAACAGAGAAAAUUCGUCUUGUUUUUCCUGUCUUAGUUCAAUUAAAAAGUCAUUAAGAGGACUUAUUUACCACUAUUUGUAAUUUACUUUUUGUCUACACUUGUGCCAAGUCUUUUAAGUAGACAUUUUUUCGGUGACAUAAAUUUCUGAUCUUGUCAACAUAUUGCUGCCUUAUCGAUAUGUCAAAAAGAAGCCUAAAAACUGAUAUCUUAUAGAUGUCACAAAAGCAAGUGUGAUACUUGGGGAGUCAGUUUUUUGACGACAUUAAAACAGCGAACAUCUGUAUAUCAAUAAACUAUCUUUCUUUGCCUUUUCUUUUACCGCUGUUAAUUAU